AUGCAGAUCCCUCCGCGCCGGUGGCGAGCCCACGCUCGAUGGGGUCGCGAGUCUUCACUGCCCCCGGUCACCGCUGCAAAACAGCGCUUUCCUAUCUUCCCAAGGGGGACCUGUGACCACUUCCUCCUUACCACCUGGACUCGAGAAAGGACGUCACCAUCCAACCGGGCUCUACCCUUCGGGGACAGGGACUCUGCGGAAGGCAGCCCCGCAGCCGACCCCACUUGGGCUCUGCGUGUCCUGGGCAGCCUCCUGGGCAGCGGCGCCCAGCCCUCGGCACCGAGGCCCGGCCCGGGCGGGACGGCUUCGCAGACGGAGAGGCGCCCGCCACCCCCGGCCCAGCCCCCAUGGCCCGGCCCGGCUCACCCGCCGCCCGCGAUCUGUUUCCCUCCGGUCACUGCUUCCUGGGCAUCGCGCCCCUGGAGGAGCGCUCCGGACGCGGAGGCGAAGCCGGCCAGGGAGGCCGGGUGGGGGCGGCGUUGGGGCGGCCGGGCGGGCAGCGGGGUGACGCGCGGCCUCGCGACCCGCGGGAGCCGCUCAGCUGACCGCGGCGCAGGCUCGCGCUCGGGCGCGGAAUUUCCCGACGGCCCCGCCCCGCCAGUCCCCGCCCCUGCAAGGAGGCCCCCGCCCCCCAACCAGUCCCGCCCAGUCCCCCCCCCCGCCCGGAGUCUCCGCCCCCGCGCAGGCUCCGCCCCCAGCCCCUUCCCCUGGGGGAGCCGCCGGGGUAUCCCGGAGGUCGCGAGGCGCCGGGCAGUCGGCGCCAAGCGUGAAUCCGACCGGACGCAGACUCCGUCUUCCCGGCGUCCUGCUCGUGAGCUCCCCGGCAGACCGGAGCCACAGGGGUCGCUGCGCUCCGCGGAAAGAGGGGGAGCGUCCUGGGAGCCCCGGAGGAGGCCGGGGUCUGCAUGCCUGACCCAUAGGCGCGGUUCACAGCACACGUUGCUUUCAACCUGGCUUUGCUUUUUAAAUCGUUCGGGUUUUGGCCGUAGUUGGGGACAAAGCCGAAGAGUGCUCCGUGCACCUCGCUGUCCUGCACCUGUUCAGGCGGGUGCGCCCGACGCCCCGGCGGGGUCUCCUGGAGGCCGCAGCCCACCUGGGAAGGCCGCGCCCCGCCCGAGGAGGGGAGAGGGCCCGGCCCGCGGGAGGCCGCCGGAGACGCUGCCGUCCGAGAGUUGCUCGCCCUGGCGGCUGCAGGGGGCAGCGGUACACAGGGCAGGGCGAGGGCGCCGUGCGAGGGGGGCUCGGAGGUGGUGGUCGCAGUGCCGCGGGCCGUGCGCGGAGCCCUGCGCCGGUGCAGCUAACCCUGCCGGGAAUUGGCGCGCGGUUCGUGUCGGGGCUGGAAACCAACAGCGAAACCUGUCUCCAGAAGGGAGCAGGAAGGACCGCCCUGGAGUCCUGGAAAGAAGCCCGCCUGACACUCGGCCCGCCACACUCCUCCCCACCCAGGUUAGCCCCGGAGCAGGGAGGGAAGCGCUGAGAAUAACAGGCUGGAUGUCAAUGCCCAGGAAGACCCCAGAGGCCAUGGGUUGAACAUGGUGGAGUUGCCACCAUGGAGGAUGGCAUGGAACCAAGUAACCCUGUAGCCUUGGACAGACAUUGGGCUGUUACAGGAGGAAGCAUUGUUUGGCCACUGAAAUUUUAAGAUGUGGCUUGUUUAAGCAUUUGACACCAGCACCCUGCACUCUACAAUUUGAUGCCCUGCAGCCCAACAGCUUCACAGACGAACAGGGGAAAGGAGCCCUUCCCUCCGCCUGCAUGAAGAAGACUUCCAUUCACACAGGCUCUUGCAGGGGCUGAAAACAGAAACUGGCCAGUCCACCCCCACGGCCAUGAAGAAAGAUUUGGCUCUGCAUCCUGUCAAACCCAGGUAAACUCCUGGGCUAAUUUCACUUUUCCACUUUCCAGGGUUGCAAAGGCCUCUCCUGGGGAAUCACAAUGACAGGUUUAUGCAUUUACACCAGAAAGUGCAUUUAGAUCCAGAAGAGCCGAGCAGAAGGAAACAGUUUCUUUCUCUCGGGGGAUCAGCACAGGCAUGCUGAAAAGUCAGCUGUCGCUCUUUUUCACGCCUGGGACACAGUUUAAUCAGAACUUAAUGUGCCUCCCUCCCAAACUGCUGUUCUGCGCUCUCCGUGGUGCUGUCUACAUUGGGUGCCUCCAGGCAGCUCUCUCCGUGACCUGGAGCGCUGAGAAUGCACCUCAGUCGCAUUUUACUUACCAAACUCCCUUCAGCUGUAGGUAAAC